UCUGGGAGUACUUUGAACCCAAAACUUAUCCGAAGACACCUGGACCCCUUCCUCAGUCGCACAUGUCCGCGACCGUAGCCAUUUCCAACUCCAAGGGACCCUCGGUUGUCGGAGAAAUCCACUCCACUCGGCUUCGCACUGCCGUGGCUUUCGGCCACGGCACGGACCACGCAUGGAGACGACGGAGUCCAUCAAUGCGCGGACACGGCCGCUUCUUUAUGUUCUGACACUUUGGAGCCCAAUGCUCCUGGGAUUCACCGCCUAUGAGUCUCAACUCUUCCUGACUUCCCUCAGUAUCUCUCAGCAUCAGCAGCUGGGCAAAUGCUUCGAUGGACGCCGAGCAGGUGAGUCUGUGGCGGAUGCGGAGUUCGGUCUCCGGCCACAAGAGCUGACCUUGAAAGAGAAGCUGGAGCCUAGCACAGACCUCCCACAGGUCCUUUGCAAGAUCCCUGUCUUUGUCUACCAGUGCCCCACUUGGGCCACGACUUUUGCAGAGUGCACUGAAGACGAGGAGCUGCCGCUCUGGCGCCGUACGCGCACGAAAGAGACGGGAGUGUUUUGCUGGGGCGAACCUGGGCUGUACUGGUUUGGGACUGAGCCUUGUAGCGCGAAGAUCUGGAACUGUAGCACAGGAGCCUGCAGCGGAUAUCUGAAAAGCGCACGUCUUUGUGCUUCUGACCUUGAGGCCAAAGCCUACCCCUGCUAUUUCGACCCAACCGAUGCGGAUGCAGGUGCACAAAGAAACCGAUUCGUUUACUGGACCUACACUGGUUUGCUUUCACUCUUCCUCGGGCUGUUGAGCACUUUCUGCCUGUGCACCAUUGUGUAUAUCACUCGACAUACACUGUGGCAGCUUUGCAUGUCUGGACCGCGUGCGUGCGCUCAGUCAGUUUGUAGCCCCAUGGCAAAGUUUGGUUACCUGUUGGUCGCCAUUUGCUCGACCAUCAUCAUCUUGGAGUGGGUGAUCAUGGUCUUGAUCAUGCCGGGGCAGACCGGCUACAGUCUCCUGGGUGCCGGAAUCAUGCCUGCGACGCAUGAAGGGAUGCAGGUAAAGAGCUUGGAGCCCGGCUGGGAGAGUGAGGCAGAAGUGCCCAAGGGCUUCAACGAGCCUUCUUUCAUGGCCAAGUUUGCUCGUAUCUUCAUGUUGGUGAUGCAGAUCUAUGUGGGCAUUGGCUUGCUGGUGCUUUGCAUAUAUGUCGCUUUAAAGUGUGGUGCCUUCCGCCGGAGUGCAGACACUGCAAAUGGCUAUCAACGGAUGGAACAGCCAAGCAGACAAACCAAUGAAUGAGCCAAAGUGGAGGAAAGUUCAGAAUGGGUGCACAACCAAACGAC